UCGUAGGCUCACAACUCUCAAUAUCCUCAAAAUUAUAAAAACUCUUUUUCAAUUAUUCCAUUAUUAAUUCCAAUGAAUCUUCCACGAAAUUUUCGUUAUCUUUGUCGGACGCGGUAGCAUUUUCGUUUUCGGUAAUUUAGCCGAACGUCCGUCUAUCGGCCGUUCGGCUGUUAACGGAGGUCUUCGUUAGAACGGCGCCAUAUUAAAUUUUGAACGAUCACUUACAGAUAUCUCGCGGUGCCGGUUAGUAGUGUACUCAAUCGCGUUGGACUUGCUUGGUGUGUUGUGAAGAACAAAUUAAAAUAUAAACAAAAUGAGUUCAAAAGAAAAUAACGAAGUUGCGGUUGACAAGAUCGAGAAUGAUCAGAAUUCCGGAGAUGCGAAAUGUGAAUUAAAAGGAACGAAGAGAGCGGCAGAGGACAAAACAGAUGACGCGAAAAAGGCAAGGAAAGAUAAAGAGGAGAAUGGUGCAGGAUCCGCAGGUGAAGAAGUAGAGGAAGAAGAAGAGGAUUAUGAUGAAGAUAUCCCAGAAGGUUUCGAUGAGGAAAUUGAGGGAGACGAGGAAGAUGACGAUGAUGAAGAAGAGGCAGUAGAAGGAGAAGAAAGUGUAGGUGAAGAAGAAGAUGAUGCAUAAUAAUAUUGGGUAGCUGUACGGCUAUCUGUGUGAACAACUAGUGACAGACUAUUGAAGUGCAAAGUCCCAAGCUACAUUGUGACUGUAAAUAGACUCGACAAAUUCUCAAUAAUUAUUUUGUGUAAUUUCACCUCAAUCAGCAUCCAACCACAUCCGAAUUGUUAAAAAAUCGAAGUUCGUUUGAUAGUCUAGGAAAAUAUUACAUAUUUGUGUUCACGAUCUACCUUGUGACCUUUGCAGCAAUAUCUAACGGAGAAUUUGUUUUGAACUGCGACAGAACUCGCAGUACCUGACUCUUUCUUAUCGUUUAACUUAUUAUUACGUAUCAUCUUUAAUUUGUAAAAAAAUGUCCAUUUGUGUAAAAAUAGACUUAAAGAUAAGCUUAAGUUUGUCUCUUAGUACAGUAAUUUUUAAUUUUUGGGUUUGAAAUCCAUUGAGAAAUCGUGAAAGUUGAUUGCGAGGAGUUUGCGAUGGUUUUUAACACUGAACAUAUAUUUCUUUUUAUGUUUCUGGCUGGUAUCUGGAUGAAUUGUGUGUUAUUAUCGAUGAUGGCAAUAACAAUAAGUAGGACGGAAUAGAAUUUAAUCCCUGAAACUGUUUUAAAUGCUGUAUCCUGUGUGCAUGAAAAACUUUAAUUUAAUUUCCUGUGUAAUUUAACAUUAUGAAAGUAACAAACUUGAGCUGAAUCCGUUGAAUUGUGUUUUUUUUUCGAAUCAUCAAAAUUUCGAAUUUAAUUUAGGUGAUUGUUACGAACUGAAACAUUUUGGUUUCAUCCAUUCCACAAACAAAGUAAUUCUGUCGAAACGAGUUACAACUAUGUGAUAUAUAUAUUCAAUGAGUCUUAUCAGUAAAUUUUUUGUAGAAAGUUGAGAGGCCAAAAAAAUUAACAAAUUUUUUCGUGAAUAUUUAAUUGUUUUGGCUUUCUACACAAGAAAUUUCUUGAUGAAAUGAGGUUAUGUAUAUCUUGGAUGGUGAAAAUAUUUCGCCUAUUUUACUUAUUUUGUAGACAAAGUUUGACGACAUAACUAAAUUUUUUUUGUAACAGUGCUGUAUGAACUUUCUUGAGUGAUUAUAAAAAUGGAUACAAAUUGUUUCAUA